UGAUCAAUGGAACGUUCCCGGAACUGAGAGACGGAGGUGUAGUAAUUCUCCCGACCGCCGACUUAACUAAAGAUAGUCGCAGCCCCGUGCCCCUCCAAAACUAAAUUACCCCACAAUUGAUAAUUGAGCGGAAUUGAAUUGAAUCACAGCCGCCUAAGCAGAGGCACCCAAAUCUGGGCUCAGUGAGCCACCGACCGACCUGAGAGUCGGACAUCCAUCCAUCCCAUCCAGCGGCCGGAACAGACCACAAACGUAGCUGGAAACCAUGUCGAACAUCGAGGAGGUGCUGGGCGAGCUGCAGCGCUUCGCCUGGCCAGACUAUGUGGCCUUCGUUUCGAUGUUCCUGCUCUGCAUCGGCAUCGGCAUAUACUUUGGGUUCAUGAACAAGUCCGUAUCCGAGGACGAUUACAUGUUGGGAGGGCGAAAGAUGUUGGUCAUUCCCAUCGCCUUCUCAUUGGUGGCCAGCUUUGUGUCCGGGAUCACGCUGCUUGGCCUUCCCACGGAGGUGUACUCCUAUGGCAUCCAGUACCUUUACGUAUCCUGCGGCGUCAUCGGCAUGGGCGUGGUUAUGGGUGUCUUCUAUCUCCCCGUAUUUCACGAUCUAAACAUCACCUCCACAUACGAGUAUCUGGAGGUUCGCUUCGAUCGGAGGUUACGCCUUUACGGAUCCGUGAUGUUUGCCAUAAUGAACGUGGCCUAUCUGCCCAUUGUAAUCUAUGUUCCGGCGUUAGCCUUCAACCAGGUGACGGGAAUUGGAGUACACACGAUCACGCCGAUCGUGUGCAUCAUCUGCGUCUUUUACACGAGUCUGGGCGGAUUGAAGGCAGUGGUCUGGACGGAUGUGGUGCAAGCCAUAUCCAUGCUGGGUGCACUAUGCCUGGUGGCAAUAAAGGGCACCCGCGACAUUGGAGGAGCCGGAGUGGUUCUGGAGCGGGCUUGGAACAGUGAUCGCCUGGAGGUACCAGACCUCAGCAUCGAUCCAACUGUGCGCCACACGUUCUGGUGCCUGUUUUUCGGAGGGAUCGUCUACUGGACGCAGACCAACGCUGUAUCACAAAAUAUGAUCCAAAGGUAUCUGUCACUUCCGUCGCUCGGCGAUGCCAGGAAGGCGCUCUGCAUCUUCUGCGCCGGUGUGCUUAUCCUAAUGGCGCUCUGUGGCUACAAUGGUCUGCUGAUCUACGCCACUUACCAGAACUGUGAUCCCCUGACCACCAAGCUGGCAAAGGCCCGAGAUCAGCUCCUGCCUCUCUUUGUGAUGAAGACUCUGGGUGAGCUUCCGGGCAUGACCGGCCUCUUCAUUGCCGGCGUCUUCAGUGCCGCUCUGAGUUCCCUCUCCACCUGCCUCAACUCCAUGUCCGCAGUGGUGCUGGAGGACUUCGUUAAGCCGUACGUGAAGAAGCCGCUCUCCAGCUCCGCAAUCAACUGGAUCAUGCGGCUGGUGGUCGUCGGAGUAGGGGUUCUCUGCGUGUGCCUGGUCUACGUGGUGGAGCACAUGGGCACUGUCCUCCAGCUGACCAUGAGUCUGGAGGCGAUCACGAACGGUCCACUGUUUGGCAUCUUUACUAUCGGUCUCUUCUUGCCUUGGAUCAAUGGAAAUAGCGCCUUGGUGGGCGGAAUUAUGGGAGUAAUAGCCAUGUCCUGGGUGAGUCUUAAUGCACAGUGGGCCAUCGCCUCUGGAGCCAUUACUUACAACACGAAGCCGCUAAACGUGGAGCAGUGCGACUACAGCUUUAAUAUGACCACCAGUCUGGCCAACACAACUCAUCUGGGAGCGUCUGCAGAGGACAUUUUUCCGCUCUAUCGCAUCUCGUACAUGUGGUACACCACUUUUGGUGCCUCCAUUACGAUAAUCGUGGCACUGCUGGGCACCUUUGUAUUUGGCAAAAACAAUCCCAACAAAGUGGAUCCAGUGCUACUCACGCCCUGCAUACGAAAGUUCUUUGCUUUUAGCUCAGAGAAGCACAUGGAUGCCUACAGGCCCGACAUUCCACUGCAGCACAAGCUCCGUAACGACGAGGUGGCCUUAUGAUCAAGCGAACCGAAUCAUAGUUGGCUACAGCUGAAUCUAAAGCUGGGUAAACGUUUCCAUUUUAACCCAACCGAUUUCGAUCCAUAUUGCUAUGUUAGAAGUUCAAAAUAUAUAACUAAAUUUUUUGAUUUUUUAUAA